AGCAGAUGGGUCAGCGGUGAGUACAGCAGACUGCCGUACAACAGACUGCCGUACUUCAGCUUGCGCUUACACGACUCUCGUGAAGUUAAAUACCGCACAGGACAUGAUUAUAUGCUACACAUUAUGUCCUUUAUGACACUUAAACAAAUAGUUAAAGGAUCAGACUGAGGAAGGAGCCAGAGUGAUGACAUGAGGGACUUGGAGCAUGCGGCAGGACCCAGGCCACAGCCAUAAUGGCAACCCAUGGUGGAGCCGACGGAGGAAGGAGCCAUGGAGAAGAAAGGGCUGACGACUCCAGGGGGCCGACAAAUGGUGGCGGAGCAGGUGGUGGAGGAGACCAAGGAGAGCCGAUGAGCCGGGGGACAGGGAGGAUCCGGAGGGCCGAGGCGGAGCAGAUGGCUCUGGUGACCAAGGUGGAGGCAGGGAAUCCAGAAGGCCGUGAUGGAGUCGGAGCGACAGAGGAUCGAGGAGGAGCUGAAGCCUCUGCUGCUCCAAACCACUCUGGAACGACUCCGAUAUCACAAAGAACAAGAUAUCAGCGAGUCCGUGGAUGACAACAGCAUGAAGUUGAAGGCCUAAUAUACAGCAGUAUGUCAGGAGGCCACGGGAAAGAAUACGCCAUCAUCAAACGUGACGGAGAACAGCGAUGAAGGUGUUUACUAAUGGACAGAUGAGAGAUGAGGCACACGUGUGUUUAUCUGGUGAAGAGUGACUGAUGAAGGAAUGCUGCCAUCAAAGGCUUUGAAGCAAGCAGACAAAUGCACCUCCCGCUGGAAAGAUGAUCCCAUGCAAAAUGGGUACAUACCAAGUUAUCUGGACAAGGAUGAGCUGUGUGUUGUGUGUGGGGACAAAGCGACUGGAUAUCAUUACCGCUGCAUUACCUGUGAAGGCUGCAAAGGUUUUUUCCGACGCACAAUUCAGAAGAACUUGAACCCAACAUACGCGUGCAAGUACGAGGGCAAGUGUGUCAUUGACAAAGUCACCCGCAACCAGUGCCAAGAAUGUCGCUUCAAGAAAUGCAUCGCUGUUGGCAUGGCGACAGACUUGGUGUUGGAUGACAGUAAGCGCCUGGCAAAGCGGAAGCUGAUCGAGGAGAACCGCGAACGGCGGCGGCGCGAGGAGCAGCAGAAGACGGUGUGGGAGCGACCCGAGCCCACGCAGGAGGAGUGGGAGCUCAUCCGGGGUGUCACCGAGGCCCAUAUGGCCACAAAUGCUCAAGGCAACCACUGGAAACAGAAGCGCAAAUUCCUGGUCGAGGAAGCAAUGCUACUUAAUGAAAUAACAUGUAAUUUAUUCUGUACUUCUGACCAGAGUGCAGUGGGGGUGAAGGAAGCCAAGCCCGAGGACAUCGGUUCUGCGCCCAUCGUCAACGCACCAGAGGGGAGCAAAGUGGACAUCGAAGCCUUCAGUCAGUUUACAAAAAUUAUCACCCCCGCCAUCACUCGUGUUGUGGAUUUUGCCAAAAAGCUGCCCAUGUUCUGUGAGCUGCCUUGUGAGGACCAGAUCAUUUUGCUGAAGGGUUGCUGUAUGGAGAUCAUGUCUCUGCGAGCGGCGGUGCGUUACGAUCCUGAGAGCGAGACUCUGACGCUGAACGGGGAGAUGGCGGUCACGCGGGGCCAGCUCAAGAACGGGGGUCUGGGUGUGGUCUCAGACGCCAUCUUUGAUCUGGGCGUCUCGCUGUCCUCCUUCAACCUGGAUGAUUCGGAGGUGGCACUGCUACAAGCCGUGAUUCUGCUGUCCUCCGAUCGUCCAGGUUUGACGAGCGUAGAGCGGAUAGAACGCUGUCAGGAGGAGUUCCUCUUGGCCUUCGAACAUUACAUCAACUACCGCAAGCACAAGGUGGCUCACUUCUGGCCCAAGCUGCUGAUGAAGGUGACAGACCUGCGCAUGAUCGGUGCCUGCCAUGCCAGCCGCUUCCUGCAUAUGAAGGUGGAGUGUCCCACGGAGCUCUUUCCGCCCCUCUUCCUGGAAGUGUUUGAAGACUGACAGCCGGCCGAUCAGGCCAAGCUGCUCCCACCAACACCAACCUCCACAAAUCAGACUCUGUCUCCCUGUUCCCGGUCACAUGACUCUGUUCUAGCACUACUGAGCGUCUUUCAUUCCAUAGUUCUAGGAGUAGCUCUCUGGCCUAUUUUGAAUGGAACCAUUCCUUUUACAAAGCGGGUACAUGUGAAUAGCGUUACAAUUGUUUUCUUUCACUCUUUGUAAAAAGAAAAAACACCUUUCUAUUACCAUUUUGUUUUUUCCUCCAACGUUAAAUUGUUUUAUUUCUGAUCAUAGUCUUUGAUGCCGUUUAAGGGAGAUGUAUGAACUAUGCAUUCGGGUUUCAUGUCACACGCCAGGCCUCAGAAAAGAGACCACACUGCAGAGAAGGAUAGCAAUGUUUGGUUUCCUUUCACAUCCCUUAUCUGUUAGUCUAAUGGUAUUUCAUGCUCACAAGCCAUAGAUUCUUUAUAGUUCUGAUCCAAACCCCAAUGAGCUGACUACCUAGACAACAUUUCAUGACAUCAUAGGUGCAUCCUUAUAUCGAGGCUGUAAAAAAAAAAAACUAAAUCAUGUAAAAUUUUCCUGCUGCUCUCGAAAGUGAGAUUACAUUUCAUCUGCCUCACGGUCUGCUGAAAUUGGUGAAAAAUACAAAAUUCCGUAUGAACUCAUCAAAUUCUACCCAUUACAAAUGAUCUGAGCUGCUAUCCACAUUGAUUUUAUCGCUCUGUAAUCUUGUGCAUCUCACAUUUUCUCUGACAUUUUAGGAGAGAAAAUUUUUUAGCAACUUCAGAGCAAUAAAAUGGUCAUGUGGAGAGUAGAGUAGGCAUAAAAUAACACUGUCUUUUAAUGUCAGGUAUACACUAUAUGCUUUUCAAAGUUGUCGGAUCGCUGUUCCUUUCACACUACAUUGCUUUUUUUUUAAUUGCUGUGGUCACACACUACACAAUAUUUCAAAAAUCGCGAGAAGUGAUAAGGGAAUGACUCAAGACUACGACUCCUCCUCUUGAGAUUUCCCAGUCCCUGAAUCUUGCUCUCUCUGGCUGUAGGUCGUCGCUGAUGUCAUUUCCAGACAAAACACAUUUUCACGCUGUCACAGACAAGUCCAGAUGUUUGGCCUGCUACACUCUUAAAAAUAAUGCUGCUUCAAGAGGUUCUUCAAGCGAUAGAAGCCAUAGAAGAACCAUUUUUUGGUUCCACAACGAACCUUCAGUCAAAGGUUCUUCAAAGAACCAUCUCUUUCUUAGCUUUUUAUAAUCUGAAGAACCUUCUUCCACCAAAAAGAACCUUUUGUGAAACAGAAAGGUUCUUCGGAUGUUAAAGGUUCUUUAUGGAACCAUUUAGAUAAAAAGGUUCUUCUAUGGCAUCGUGAAGCACCUUUAUUUUUAAGAGUGUAAAUCGGCGCUUCUCUCAGAUCGCGUCUUUAAUAAUUCAGACUAUGUGCACUGAUUUGCCUCACAUUUCAGGCUUUUGUCAGCAAGUAAAAAUUGGGCCUAAAAUCAUGUAGCGUCUACCUGGCAGAAGAUACCAUUUUUGGCCAUUCUAAGGCAGCAUUGCAUGUGAGACGCAUGCUUUAUUGGCUAUUGCCUACAUUUGCUAUUUUCAAAGCAGCUCAGGGUUUUGAAAUCAGAACUGUUUUCUAAAACAAAAAACAACCUAAUUUCUAAAUGGCAAAGUGGCAUGUCAGUUUUGAUGGUGGUUGUGCCCUUGAGUAAAAUCCUGUUUCUUUGAAACUUUUUUGGCAGACCUUCAUGAUCCUGAAGUUAAAGUU